AUGACCGAACGCUCUGAGCCUCUCCGUUUGGGCAGCACUGCCCCCAACUUCAAGGCUGAGACUACUCAAGGACCUAUCGACUUUCAUGAGUUCAUUGGCGACAAAUGGGUCAUCCUCUUCUCUCACCCCGAGGACUACACUCCUGUGUGCACCACCGAGCUCGGCGCCUUUGCGAAGCUUGAGCCCGAGUUCACCAGGCGCGGCGCGAAGCUUAUCGGUCUCUCGGCGAACACUAUUGACAGCCACGAUGGCUGGAUCAAGGACAUCAAUGAGAUCUCAGGCAGCACCCUUAAAUUCCCCAUUAUUGGCGACAAGGAGAGGAAGGUCGCGUUGGCGUAUGACAUGAUCGAUCAACAAGACGCCACCAACGUCGAUUCCAAGGGCAUUGCCUUCACCAUCCGUUCUGUCUUCAUCAUCGAUCCUAAGAAGACGAUCCGCCUCAUCCUGUCCUACCCGGCGUCGACCGGUCGCAACACCGCCGAGGUGCUGCGCGUGCUCGACUCCCUCCAGACCGGUGACAAGCACAGAAUUACCACACCCAUCAACUGGGUACCUGGUGACGACGUCAUCGUCCAUCCAGGCGUGAAGAACGAGGAGGCUAAGACGCUUUUCCCCGAAUUCAGAAUUAGGCCUAGGACUUCAACCUCUUCAAUCACCUCCCUGAAUCCUGCCAAAAUGGCCCGCCAGACGCCAAGCAAUAGCCGGACCAACACCAUUGACUCGCAGACCUCAACAUCAGGAUUGUCGGGAUUAGUUUGCAAUGUGCAUCAAACAACUGGCCGUGAACCCCAUCCGCUGGUGGGUGCUACCACCACGAUAUUAGGCGACAAGCUUUAUGUUUUUGGUGGAAGAAGACUCUCGCGCACGAGACCCCAGCUUACUUCGGAUUUGUACGAACUCGAUCUUGUUAAGCGACACUGGACAAAAGUCGAUGCGAAAGGCGACGUACCGCCGGCACGGUAUUUUCACAGUGUAUGUGCACUCGGCGACACGAAACUUGUCUGCUAUGGUGGUAUGUCACCUGCAAUGGAUGCGCAGCCAGAAGUGGUAGUCAUGUCUGAUAUCCAUAUAUACGAUGCGGCAACGCGAACGUGGAUGCAUGUUCCUACGAAUGACGCGCCCCAGGGCCGAUAUGCUCAUUGCGCAACAAUACUACCGUCAUUUGCUGUGUUCACCUCUACCGCAGCUGCAGUAACAGCUAUCAGACAUAACCCGUCUUCAACAAUUCCAAACCAGGGAUCGCUCGGAGUUCAGCUAGACGGUGAGGGCGGUGCAGAAAUGGUGGUCGUUGGUGGCCAGGAUAGCUCAAACCACUACAUCGAACAGACCAGCGUUUUCAACUUGAGGAGCUUGAAAUGGACAGCUACGAGUACACUCGGAAGGAGCUGUGGAGCCUAUCGAAGUGUGGUUGCGCCGUUAACUAGCAUAGAGCCCAACAAGAUAGGUGCUGGAACUCGCCAGAGCAGCGAGCCAGGGAGUCCUAACGAGCAAAACUCAAACCCAAAGGGCGAAUCAUCAAUGCUUAUAUAUUCCAACUACAAUUUUUUGGACGUCAAGCUCGAGCUCCAAGUAAGACUCCCCGACGGAACGCUUACAGAGAAGCCGAUGCAAGGCAACUUUUCACCGCCAGGUCUUCGCUUUCCUAAUGGGGGUGUCAUUAACAAUCACUUCGUUGUGAGUGGCACGUUCUUGACUUCUUCAAAACAGGAAUACGCACUUUGGGCACUCGACCUACGAACACUGAGCUGGGGACGAAUAGAGGCAGGAGGCAAUAUUUUUAGUCAAGGAAGCUGGAACAGAGGCGUACUAUGGAACCGCAGAAAUAGUUUCGUGAUUUUGGGCAACCGAAAGCGCAGUCUUGUGGAAGAUUACAAUCAUCGGCGAAUCAACUUCUCGAACAUUUGCGUUGUCGAACUUGAAGCUUUCGGGCUCUACGACAACCCUCGAAAAGUCACGCCGAGUUCCGGAUUCAGGUCCGUCAGUGCACCGCCACUUAACGAUCGCCUCGACCUACUCGCAGGAGGGCGCUCCUUGUCCCCAGCAGCGACAGAGCUGGGCCAAAUGGUGCUAGGCAUGAGAGAGUUGGCGGACAUGGACUUCCUCGCGAUACACGGCGAACGUAUUCCCGUCAAUUCGCAUCUCAUCGCGCGCCGAUGGGGCCCAUACUUCAACCAGAUGCUCCGUGAGAGCGUGCAAAGCGAAGAAAAGGAGAACGCAGAUACGGCAACAUUACGACCCAUGACCGGCGUGCACCCAUCUCGAAACUCAAGCAUCACUAUUACACCCUCCAUACGGACGACCUAUUCAGCGGCAACGACGUUGACAGCGAACACCUUUGCACCAUUCGAGGCUACAGCAACCUCCUCUAACUCCUACUCUUCACUAAGUCCACCCGAUCCCUCUACACAAUCACCGUCGCAAAGACCCAGGAUUUUGUAUCUUCCGCACACACACCUCACACUCCAAGCACUCAUACACUAUCUCUAUACGUCCUCCCUCCCACCACAAAACUCAUCACUCUGCACUCCACAGAUACUCUGCUCUCUUCUCCAACUCGCCAGACCAUACCACAUCGAUGGCCUCCUCGAAGCCAUCAUCGAACGACUGCACGUCCUUCUCGACAACAGGAAUACAGCCGCCAUCUUCAACGCCGCCGCCAUGGCAGCCGGUGGUGGCUCAGGUGUUGCAUUCCUAGGUGUGAAUGGCGUCUCGUCCUCGAAUGGGGCCUCAAACGGCGAGUUGGAUGCAAUACUAGGUGCUACGAGCGACAACACCACUAUUGCCGAUGUGGAACGCAGCCUCGACGCCGGAUUGCGCGCGCUGCGCAUCAACACUGAGGUAGAAAGACACUACGAUGACGAAGUUAGCUCUGCAGUGUCGGAGUCGACAUCUGCUUCCGCAUCUGAUAGUGGGCUUGGAGAUGGAAGUGGUAUUGAAGAGAGGGAAACCUGGAACGGAGAGAUGAGUGCAGUGGUAGGGCUGCAGAAGCGUGGGCUUAGAGGUCUGAUGGAGGGACGUAGGAUCAGGGAGAUGGGAAGAGGGCGGGAUAUGCCUCGAGAUGAUGGAGCUAUGGGCAAUGGUGAUGGAGUGGGGUUGGGGCUUCAGGGUGCUUGA